GUGCUGGUAUGUAAAAACUUUCUGGGCAUCUGAAAGUGUUAAUUAUCUUGCUGUCAAUAGAGGCCUCACUGAGCCAUCAGAUUUUACCAAAAAUAUCUUAAUUUGUGUUCUGAAGAUUAACAAAGUUCUUACAGGUGUGGAGCGACAUGAGGGUGAGUAAUAGAAUUUUCAUUUUUGGGUGAACUAACCCUUUAAAGUAUAAUGGUGAGUAAAGCCCUAUUCGGACGGGACUAGUUUUCCAAACGACGUUUAAGUAACAAUUCUUAUCAACCUACGUCUGUGAUUUUAUGUACGGAUUCGGACGGGACUAACAUCUCCGUGUUUAUUACCGAGGUAGGAGUGUCUGUGUUUUACAUGUGGGCAUUUCAGAAGAUCACGUGUUCAGAAUGCGUGGAUUGCGUAUGGUCAUAUGACCGAUCAAUGGCAAGAUGGCGGCGAAAAAGAAAGUGACGCGACACUGGAGUAGGGAGGAAACAUUAGCUUUAAUUUCUGUUUGGAGCGAACCUACGUUUCAGUUUCAGUUUGAAAAUUGUAUACAUAACCACAAGGUGUGAGGGACAAACCUCACAAACUUUUUUAAAAACUGCCUAUCUAUUCAAAAUACCUUUGACUGGGUGAAGUGCAAAGACCGUAUAGAAUAUCUGAAACGACGUUACUGCGAAUGUGUGAAGCAUAACAAGAAGACGGGGUCGGAUCCACAACGCUGCCCAUUCUUUGAGGAACUGGACUCUGUUCUUGGUUACUUUUAAGAGUAUUCAUUUUCUAUUGAAAAAUAAUUAACAGUCUACAAAGUACUUAAACUUGUGGCUAAUAAGCAUUCAUAUGAAAAAAAAAAAGACAAAUAAUAAAAUGCAGUGAAUAAGCUAGUAAUAGAGACACAAGGAUUCUGUUUACGAUUUAGUAAUUUAACCAGUACUGUCAAUAUUGAGUAGAUAUUUCUGUUUCGUUAGCUUGUCGUCCUAUGACUAACCCCGGGGAUGGACAUAUGGAUGUGUCAAGUUCAGAGGAAGGUGAAAAUUCUGGUACCAGUUCACACUCAUCUGGUAUAGCAGAGCCAUCAGGAGACCAAGCAGCUACAAUGACAGCAUCUGAUAAUGACAGUGGUCCAAGGUCAGAGCUGACCUCCAAUCCCAGCCAAAAUUCCAUCAUUACAAGGCGUAAACGCAAAGGCAAAAAAACUCAAAUCAUGGAAGCCUUGGAGAGAGGGAUAAACAUGUUAAUACAACAUGACAAAGAUACAACAGCAGCAGAGGUUGAACAGCGUCUUGACAAGGAGCACAUGGCCUGGGAGAGACAGUUCCAGCAGGCCAGACUGGAUCUGGAAAGAGCACGUCUUGAAUUUGAGAUGAAGCGUCAGGAAGCUGAAGACAGGCGUGCUCAAGAUACCCAGCAAUUCAUGGUUCAAAUUCUGCAAGUGCUUAGACCUGCAAUGCCACAGUAUGGACCCUCAACUUCGUUUGCACAAUAUCAACAUCCAGCUCAGCACUAUUAUCCACCUGAUCCAUUUGCUUUUCCACCUGGUGAAGCCUCACACCAAAAUCUGUCAAUAUCAGUUGUCCAAGAUCAACGUUCACUGUCUGACCAAAGAAAUUACCACUAGAUGUUCUGGGCAUUGUUUUUUUGCAAACAUUAUUGUGCAGUUGCACUUGUUUGUACAAGUUUAAAGAACUGUUUGAGGAACAAAAAUGUUGUGAAAAUUUUUUUUUUUGCACUAUAUUACGUUUACAUUUUUGCACUUUAAUGCCUAAUGGUGAAACUUGAAUGUUAAAAUCCAGUUUACGUUAAAAGUAAAGAGACAAAUGUUCAAUACAUGUCAUAA